AUGUAUUCUUUUUUGGCAGGUGUAACGGAUAGAGAGGUCGGGAGCGGAGAGAGAAGCAGGCUUGUAGACAGAAAGUUUUAUGCUUUGGGUAACGUCCUGGUUACCUCAUUCCACUGUUUUUUUCUCCUACUUAACGGUCUUUCUUUCUUUCUUUCUUUCUUUCUUUCUUUCUUUCUUCUGUACCUUCCUCUUUCUUUCUUUCUUUCUUUCUUUCUUUCUUUCUUUCUUUCUUUCUUUCUUCUGUACUCUCCUCUUUCUUUCUUUCUUUCUUUCUUUCGUUCGUUCGUUCGUUCAUUCGCUUUGCUUCACUCUUUCUUCCUAUCUUUUAUUCUUUUAUUGGCACUGUCCACCUUUCUUCCUUCCUUCCUUCCUUUCUUUCUUUCUUUCUUUCUUUCUUUCAGUCUUUCUUUCUUUCUUUCUUUCUUUCUUUCGUUCGCUUUCCUUUACUCUUUCUUCCUAUCUUUCAUUCUUUUGUUGGCAUGUCCACCUUUCUUUCUUUCUUUCUGUCUUUCUUUCUUUCUUUCUUUCUUUCUUUCUGUCUUUCUUUCUUUCGUUCGUUCGUUCGUUCAUUCGCUUUGCUUCACUCUUUCUUCCUAUCUUUUAUUCUUUUAUUGGCACUGUCCACCUUUCUUCCUUUCUUUCUUUCUUUCUUUCUUUCUUUCUUUCUUUCUUUCUUUCGGUCGUUCAUUCGUUCAUUCGCUUUGCUUAACUCUUUCUUCCUAUCUUUCAUUCUUUUGUUGGCAUUGUCCACCUUUCUUUCUCUCUUUCUUUCUUUCUUUCUUUCUUUCUUUCUUUCUUUUGUAA